AUGCGUCUCACCACCAGUGUCAUCGCUGGCUUCAUCGCCUUCAGUGCCGCUACGCCUGCCGGCCUGGCAGUCAAGCCAAGUUCCAUUGAGGACCCUGUCGAUGCUGUCCCAGCCCAACACACUCCCGUCGUGGACGGAAACUGGCACAUUGGCUGCGACAAGAACAACUACUGCUCCUACUACCAGGGAGGCGACGUGGCUGUUGGCAACACCAACUCAGUGUCUCCUCGUACCAUUGCUCUGUCGGAAGCCUCGUGCAAGCAGUGCUCAACUGAGGACCCUUGCGACACCACCAUCAGCACUUCUGUCGUCACUGUGACCGCCAUGCCUACUUCUGAGGCGUCGAUUUCCGACAUCACCACUACCGUCACGCUUGCUCGUACUGCCGGACCCCCGACGCACACUGGACUGGCCCCUCGCGAUGAGCUAGUCUCCAACGAUGGCGAUGAUCAGUCACCUACUCGUCGCACUGCCUUCAAGCAGUCGGAAUGCUUCCCUUGCAAUGACCAAACUUGCCCAGAAUGCCACGCCGACUGCGCAGAGUGCGACAAGUACCUUUGCAACAACUUAGCCACUCACAUGACGGUGUGCAUGAGCGUCCGUUCCAAAUGGCAGCCCCCGGGCUUCAACGUCUCUGCCUCCGGACCCAGCGAGACCACAACUACCACCGAGACAGUGGUCAUUUCGACCGUCGUUGGCCCCACGUCCUCGCCAGUCGUCACCGUCACCGUGUCCGCCCCUCUUACCAGUACCACUACUGUUGUCGUAGCUCCUCAGAGCUCCCCAUGCACUACGACCACUACUUCGAUACCUGUAGUAACCAGUACUGUGACAGUGGUUACUCAGCGUCCACAGACCAAAACCGUGACAGUUAUUUCUCAGCGUCCACAGACAAGCACUGUGACAGUUGUUGCUCAGCGUCCACAGAUCACCACUGUCGUCGUGACAGCUCCUCAGGUUCAGACCACCACUGUCGUCAUGACAGCUCCUCGGGUUCAGACUACCACUGUCGUCGUGGCAGCCCCUCAGAUUCAGAUUAAUACCGUCACUGUGGAGAAGCCGGCUUCCACCGUAAUCUACCAGCAACCAGGCACCACAUCCAUUGUCACCGGGUGCGAUUUCGCUUGCGACGAAGACCAAGGCUGUGAGCACUUCCUGUGCAAAGACCCUCUCAGCGAAGCGGAGAUCUGCAUAAGCCUCCUAGAGGACGCCGAGGCGUCGAAAGCAUACGACACGUCCAUGGCUUCCGGCGAUUCCCUUGGCUCCGCCGCGAUGCUUCUGGUGCUCGCUGGCGAUGACGCCCCUACUUCCAACACAACGACCACCCAUUUGCAGCCGGCAAUCUCCAACGGAACCCGGCCAGACUUUUCCUUUGCCGAUGAGGAUUGCUAUCUGUGCGAGUCCGGUGAUGAGUCUUGCAACAUGUGCGACUGGCAGUUCACCUGCGGCAUCAAGAAGAAGUGCUUCCACAACGGCGCGCGCGAGGUUGUCGAGUUGUGCUUCGAGAAAGGCGAGAAGUGCCGUCCUUGA